CUUAGGUGCAUUAAAAUUUAUAUUUCUGUCAUGCUGUGUGUGUUUUCGGAGAGGACUAUAAAGAUGAACAAUGAAUAUAUUUCCCCGUUGAGACACCAGAUUUUUAUUUUAAUGUAACCAGAGCAGGGAUUUGGGGCUUCUAUUUGGCACCUAAUAAGUCACCCUAGAGUAUUGGAUUGACCAUUUUAGAAAAAAAAGUGGUACUUCCAGUUGCCAACCUAUAUCAAAACCAAAUAUUGAACCCUUGAUUUUGGUUUAGGGACUCAAUUUUUGAAACACCUAUACAUCUUUUCGUGACAUACUAAUCUUUGAUGGGGCACCAAAGACUCCACAACCUUUUAGUCCUGAAUUUCUGCUUCCACCAAUUAUUAGAUACAUAUCAUAUGAUGCUCAGCAUGCUACAAAUGUUAUCAAAAGGAUCUCUGUACUUGUGGCUUUAAUUCACAUUUGAUGUUGAAAUAAUUCAAAAUCCUUCUACAAAGUCUUUCUACUAAUCCUCUUACGAGAUAAAAGCAUUGGAUAUUUUUAAGUUUCCGAGAUAUUGAUGACUGUAUUUGCUUUUUCUCUUAAUACGUUUUUUCAUAAAGUAUUAGAAUGAUUUGUGAGAUGAUAUAGCAUUGCUCCCUGAUGUGGUGGUUCAGGAAGCUGCAAGACAAGGUUGCACUGAUCACUGGGGCAGCUAGUGGAAUAGGAAAGGCCACAGCCACCAAAUUUAUCAACAAUGGAGCUAAGGUUAUUAUUGCUGAUAUUAAUCAACAGCUUGGUGAGGAGACGGCAAAAGAACUAGGAUCUAAUGCCACUUUCGUAACAUGUGAUGUCACUCAAGAGUCAGACAUAUCCAAUGCUGUUGAGUUUGCCAUUUCUAAAUACAAACAACUUGAUAUCAUGUACAACAAUGCAGGGGUAGCCUGCAAAAGUCCUCUAAGCAUUGUUGACCUGGACAUGGCCUUGUUUGACAAAAUCAUGGACAUAAAUGUUCGUGGUGCAGUGGCAGGUAUCAAGCAUGCAGCACGUGUGAUGAUCCCACGUGGAAGUGGGUCUAUUCUCUGCACAGCAAGUGUCACAGGUGUGAUGGGAGGUUUGGCUCAGCACACUUACUCGAUAUCAAAGUCUGCAGUCAUAGGCAUUGUUAAAUCGCUGGCUUCUGAGCUAUGCAGGCAUGGAAUCCGAGUCAAUUGCAUAUCACCUUUUGCCAUUCCAACACCUUUUGCUCUGGGAGAAAUGAGUCAGAUAUAUCCUCAUGUUGAUAGUCAGAGACAUGUGGAUAUUAUUCACAAUGCUAGUGUCCUAAAGGGUGUCUAUUGUGAACCCGAUGAUGUUGCUAAUGCUGCACUUUUUCUUGCGUCCAAUGAUGCCAAGUAUAUUAGUGGACACAAUUUGGUUGUGGAUGGAGGUUUCACAUCUUUUAAGAAUUUGGAAUUUCCUGCACCAGAUCAAGUGCAGUAGAACUUUAUUCAAAUUAUAUUUAGAUAAAGGUAACAAUGAUGGAAAACCAUCUUGGAAUUUCAAAUUUUAAAUAAAUAAUUCAGUGAGAGUGAGUCAA